AUGGCGACUAAGAAGCAGCCUGUGGCUGCCGAGCAUACUACUGCUAAGUGUUCUCUGCCCCCUGGGGCUGCUACAUCUGAUGAUGAGCAGACAAGUGGUACAGAGUCUGAUGAGCCCAUACAAUCCAAGCUUGUGGGCUCUCACAAGAAAGCUCAGGCUGCAAAGAAGGCUGUGUCUCUGGUUGAUGAUGAGGCUGCUGGUAGUGAUGAUCAGGAGAGUGCUGAGGAGGGUGAUGUCACCAAUUACAGUGAGGAGGAGAGUGUCCAGGCUGUUGAGGACAUAGAUGAUGAGACGGAGGAUGAGGUAGUGGUUGUUGAAGUCCCCAAGUCUGCCAAGAAGCCCCGUGGAAAGCUCACGAGGAAGCCAUCUGUGUUGGAAUUGUCUCAGUCCAGCCCUGACUGGGACAAUGACUUGAUUGGCUUAACUCCAGAGAGCCCUGUCAAGCGACGCAACCCCUCUGGGCCACCUGAGACCCCAGCCACUCCAUCACCUAACAAGGGUGGGUCACGCAAGAAGCGUGAUGAGCAUCCAAGCCCAGGCGAUGAUGACAGUCUGACUGCCUCCCCAACAAAGAAGUCACGGGGAACAAUUGCCAAGGCCAAGGCCAAGGCCAAGGCAAAGCAAGAUGCCAUUAUCUCUGAUGCUGAGGAAAAUGUGUUCCUGGAGAGGAAUUCAAGCAGCAGUGAGGUGUACAUCGGAAAGCAAAGAUUGGAACCAGUUGUGGAAGUAUCUGAGGUGAAGAGCUCAUUGAAGAAGAAGAAGGGCAAGGAUGUUGGUAACAAAGAUGAUGUUUCACCCAUUGCAGGUGCUGUCUAUGCCAGUCCUGAGUACAAGCGUCACCCACCGCAGGGCAACAAGCACUGUCUGCAACUGGACAGGAGUAAGAUUGGUGCCUGGCUCAAGGACACAUACAAGAACAUGUGGCCCCUGAAGAAAUAUGAUGUCCCCAACCAUCCAAGCAUCAGUGCGGAUGAUCUUGUGGCAUCAUUUACGGAGCAGGGCAUUCAGUUCCAGACUGCUGCCCUCAAAAAGACCCUCACCUUCCCAUUCAGGAUGAUGUGGCUGGUGAACCCUGCCCGUGCAUGUCCAGACAACUUUGGAGCCACGGGGACAGGGUACUACCGGCCAGUGAUCACCUUUGGAGAUCAGGCUGUCAUCAAUGUCACGUUUGGAGUGGUUGAGCACAGUCAUUUGAUCACUGCAGGUGAAUUCAAGACGGGUGCUGGCAUGCGGACGAGCAAGUCCAUUGCUAUCAUACCCCUUGAUGUGGAGUUUGACCUGGCUUGGGCAUUCUGGUGCGAGGCACUGGGGCAGCCUGAACUGUCCUCACCGGCUGUUGGCAGUAACUACGUCAACUUUGGCACCACUAUGGAGCAGGUGGACAAACGUGAUGCAUUUACUGCUGGUCGUGGCAAGGUCAACCUGGACAAGUACAUCAACAGUCCUGCCAAGCAUGCAGCCUCCACGUCUACAACCCCUUGCGCACACCUCGUAAAGCCCAGUCUGCAGUCACCCAUAACCGUCCACAAAUAA